CAGAUCUGGGGCUGCAUCAUCACUCGGCACAUCUGGAAGUGGUUUAUGUGCUCUCAUUCCUCCAGUGCAGCGUCUGGACUCUGUGCUAUUCCUCAGCAGCAGAGAAAGGAAAGAAAACCAGCACAACUCCAAAGUAAACUUUGAAGAGUUCGAAAAAGGAAUUGAAUCGUAAAACUGUUUCAGUGCCCUGUAAAGCCCUUGUGUGGGUGACUUCAAAGGAGGAUGGUGGUCAAGGACGCUUUGGCGAGAGUGCUUACAGCUGUGGGCUAUCUAGGAUCCGAGUAAAUAGCUCCACAGCACUUCAGGAGAGAGGAGUCCCGAAUACUGUGCUGCUUUGAAGAGUUUACCACAGAUCACAGUUCUCAUCCAACAGGACACAUGGCUCUUUUAAAGAAAAUUAACCAGAUCUUACUGUUACUUCUUGUCUUAACCGUGUGCGCUAUUCUGUAUAACAAAGUUCACCAAGUGCCAUUGGCAUUGAGAAAUGAAGCAGUGGAUUUGGAGAGCCCUGAGGAAAUGGAAGAGGAAAUCCCGGUGGUGAUCUGCGCUGCUGCGGGCAGGAUGGGUGCAGCUGUAGCAGCCAUCAGCAGCAUCUACAGCAACACAGAGGCCAAUGUUUUGUUCUACAUCAUUGGGCUGAAGACAACUAUCCCACAUAUUCGAAAAUGGAUUGAAAAUUCUAAACUGAAAGAAAUAAAAUUUAAGGUUGUGGAAUUCAAUCCUAUGGUACUAAAAGGGAAAAUCAGACAAGAUGCAUCACGUCCUGAGCUACUGCAGCCUCUGAACUUCGUUCGAUUCUAUCUUCCUUUGCUUAUCCAGAAACAUGAGAAAGUCAUAUAUUUGGAUGAUGAUGUCAUUGUUCAAGGUGACAUCCAGGAACUCUACGAUACUAAGUUAGCUCCUGGACAUGCAGCAGCUUUUUCAGAUGAUUGUGAUCUGCCUUCUACACAUGAAAUGGUUAGAAGUGUAGGGAUGCAGAACACAUACAUGGGAUUCCUGGACUACAGAAAGCAAGCCAUUAGAGAUCUUGGCAUCAGCCCCAGCACCUGCUCCUUUAAUCCUGGAGUAAUUGUCGCUAACAUGACUGAAUGGAAACAUCAGCGGAUUACAAAGCAGUUGGAAAAGUGGAUGCAAAGAAAUGUAGAGGAAAACCUCUAUAGCAGCACCCUUGGGGGAGGCGUGGCAACCUCUCCAAUGCUGAUUGUAUUUCAUGGAAAAUACUCCUCUAUUAAUCCGAUGUGGCACAUAAGGCAUCUUGGUUGGAGUCCUGAUGCCCGUUAUUCAGAGCAAUUUCUUCAAGAAGCUAAAUUACUUCACUGGAAUGGGAGAUACAAACCUUGGGACUACCCCAGUGUCCACACUGAUCUCUGGGAAAACUGGUUUAUUCCUGACCCUUCAGGGAAGUUUAAAUUAACUCGUCCUGAUGGCUGA